AAAGACGUGGAGCUGUGUGUGCGCGUGCGCGAAUCAAGAGGCAGAGCCCCUCGUGGAUUCGUGUUCGCGUCAGGUAACGGCACCGCGCACUCCCCUCGCUCGCCUUUCCCCUUUCCCUUCUCCCACCCGGCCACUCCCCUCGCUUGAAGCGGGCUGGAGCGAACUGCCCUCGCCAAUCCUUCGCAUCAAUAGCUUGCUCCUGAUUUCUCCAGGCUGAAAUUUGGUGUCCUACCCCAGCCAUGAGUAGCAGGAGGUUUGAAAUCAAUACGAAAAAAUGCGGGUCGCAUUCAACGCCAAGUAAAUCGAUGUAUCUAGAUGCUCAAGGUGUCCGCUGCCAAGCCAAUGUUAGGGCAGCCAGAGACCGCGAUGUUGGUUCCUGCGCUGUGAAGCAUCACUUCCCGUCUCCAAUCAUUUCUUGGAUAGAGGAUCUUUCGAGCUUCGGUGAUGUUUCGUUUAGCACUGAUCCUGAAUAUGUGGAGGAGCAAGCAAGAUCUUCAGUGGGGCAGUCUUCAACAUCUAGCUACUUGCAUGACAUGCAAAUAUCAGUGAGAUUGACAGAUGAGUUCAUGGAACUUGCAAAGGAGAAUACAAGCAAUAAUCUAGAGACUUGUGGAAUUCUUGGUGCUUCACUUAGGGAUGGUACUUACUUUGUGACUAUGUUGAUUAUACCAAAGCAAGAAGGAACUGCUCACUCAUGUCAGGCUGUUAAUGAGGAAGAGAUACAUGCCGUAUUGUCAGAGCAGUCACUUUACCCUGCAGGAUGGAUACAUACUCACCCUUCACAAACAUGCUUCCUAUCAUCGAUUGAUUUGCACACUCAAUACUCUUACCAGGCUAUGUUACCAGAGGCUGUUGCAAUUGUGGUUGCUCCCACCGAUCCUACAAGGAGCUAUGGAAUAUUUAGGCUAACCGACCCAGGCGGAAUGGAUGUGAUUAGGGAAUGCGAUGAAAGUGCAUUCCAUACUCACCGAGAGACAACCGAUGGCAGUCCAAUAUAUGAAACCUGCUCGAAAGUGCACUUCAAACCUAAUUUGCGGUUUGAGAUUGUUGAUCUGCGUUCUGUUCCAUGAUCAAUGAAACCAAAGCUAUAGCAACAUGUGCUUCUUUAUGCUCCCUCUUGACAAAAAUAUAUUGUGGACUGUGAUGUGUAUACCAUAGACCUUACUGGUGAAGCCUGUUAAGUGACUGUUUAUCAGCCAGAUGGAUGGAUCAUGCUAGCAACAUGCUCAUGUUACUGAUCUGUGAUAUCACCCAUCUUUGGGGUUCUGUGCUGGUAUUAGUCAGAAAGAGGCGUAACUGAAAAACUAGCAUUGGCUGUCUUAGGAUUCUGGCUGUUCAGUUCAGCCUUUGCGCAGCAGGGCAGGUACUUGUAAGUAUGAUAUAACUAAAUCGGGCACUGGCUGUCUUUGGAAAGGUCGGAAACUGUGACCGGAACAUAGCGCGUGACUGCAGCAUUGUCAUAUUAUCAUAUAAAGAAUAUUCUUGAAGUUUCA